CCCAAGCCCGUCUCCGUCCUCUUCGUCUGCCUAGGAAACAUCUGCCGUUCGACAAUGGCAGAAGGCGUCUUCCAAUCCCUCGUCGCCUCAUCACCCCCACCUAUCUCCUCGCUAAUCACCCACGUCGACUCGUGCGGCACCGGCGCCUACCACGUCGGCGACAGCCCCGACUCGCGCACCAUGGCGACCCUCAAGUCCCACGGCAUAACGACCUACCGGCACGCGGCGCGCAAGUUCCACCCGAGCGACUUCGAGACGUUCGACUACAUCCUCGCCAUGGACGACAGUAACCUGGAAGACCUGAAAGACCUGAAGAAGAGGGUUGUGGGGAAGAAGGGCAGCGAGGACGGGUCGGGGAGGGUCAUGCUGUUUGGCGAGUUUGGGGGGAAAACUAGGCGAGGCGGACGCGGGGAGGAGGUGCAGGAUCCGUACUAUGGGUCGAAUGACGGGUUUGAGACGGCGUACGAGCAGGCGGUGCGGUUCUCGAGGGUCUUUCUCGAG